AUUUCAGAAUGCAUGAACGACACAUUUCAAUGUCGAAACGGCCGAUGCAUUUCAAAUUUGUUCCUUUGCGAUAGAAACGACGAUUGUCCAGAUGGCGAGGACGAGGAUGUUCAGACUUGUGGCCCAUGUCUAAAUAACUAUUAUCGAUGUUCUGGAAGCAAAGUGAAAUGUUUAGAACCGCGAAAGCUCUGCGACGGAAAGAAACAAUGUCUGGACGGCGGGGAUGAAGAAGAUUGUGCUUGCAAUCAAGCAGAUCAUCAUUGUGAGAAUGGAAGAUGCAUAUCGUCAAUGUACCUGUGCGAUGGUAAGCAGGACUGUCCCUUGGGAGACGACGAGAACGCUAAGAACUGUGUUCCUUGUCUAAACCACGGUUUCAGGUGCCCUGGAAAGCUGUCAAUUUGUUUGCAUGGGAGUAAGUUAUGUGAUGGCAGAAGAGAUUGUCUGGACGGUAGUGAUGAAUUUAAUUGU